AUGUCGUCAAAGAAGAACAUCAAAAAGUACGGAACAGAUAUCACAAAUAUCGGCGUUAACAGAAUCCCAACCAACCUUAAUCGUGUAGGCUUUGUAGUUAUCAAUUGCUACAUUGGAACAAGAUAUUCACUUGGAGAUGGCCCAAUGAAUGAUGGUUAUAACAUGGCAAAGUGUCUAAAGAGAUAUGGAUUUCAGGUCUUUUACAUCUACGACCAGAAAAGAAACGCUUUCAUGGAAAAACUUAAAUUCUUUUUGGAAAACGUUAAACGCGAGCUUGUUGUAUAUUACGUAGGUCAUGGAACAAGUGUUGCGGAUACUGAUGGCGAUGAAGACGAUCAAAUGGAUGAAGCUUUUGUCUUCGUUGACGGAAACGUUAUUGACGACGAACUUGUUGAGUGUGUCAGCAACAGUAAAAAUACAGAAUCAAAGGUUGUUUUUGUUUCUGAUUGCUGCCAUUCAGGCUCCAUUUGGGAUCUUCAGGGCGGAGAUGUGAAUGGAAGAAAAUUACCAGACAAACUUGUUUCCGUGAGUGCUGCAAACGAUAAACAAACUGCAAAGCAAACAGUUGCAGAGAGAAUGGAACAAGGAAUGUUCACUUACAACUUGAUGAAGACAUUGAAGGCUGAUCCAGAUAUGACAGCUGUUGAAUGCAAGAAACGUCUUGCAACAGCACUUCGAAGAUACGCUCAAACAGUUACAAUUGCAAGUACUACUCCUGAAUUACUUAAUGAGCCUUUGUUUUUAAAUCAAUAA